UCGUCGAACAAGAAGCAGUUUGUUGGCAGAGACGCGCUCCUAGUUUGCCGUAGUUGUGUUUACCUGCGCCACAUUUAAACGCUCUGUAUUUGUGGUGCGAUGGUGUGAACACACCUCACUCUUCUCUUAUUAUCGCUACACGAGGCCUGAAAGUGCGUUUCAUAAAGAUAGCAGCCGCUGUGCAGAGCAACAACAAUGUCCAACCGCCUGGCUUUCCAGACCCAGCUGGCCUCCAUCAUGGAGGUCCUGGCAAACGCAGCAGUGGCGGAGAUCUGUAAGCUGGUGGACGACGACUACGCGGUGGUGAGGCUGCAGAUGUCUCAGUGCCAGAGAGAGAACAAGGCCCUAAAGAGGAAGCUACACCUGCUGGAGCUGAAGAUGGCCCGCGGAAAUGCCGAGAGGAGGCUCCGGGAGAGCGCCAUGAACAGCAGCCGACCACGGGUGCAGAUCAGCGAUCGACUCCGGGAGUCCUCCACCUCCUCCGGUGGUGUAUUUGACCGACGGGGGGAUGUGGUUCUGUGGUCUGGCAGAGCUGCAGGAGGGGAUGCAGCCAGUGAACUGGUCCUUUCUGAAAGCAUCCAGAGUAAGUCCCCAGAUGUGGAAUUGGUGGAGCCAGAGGCGUUGCUGGUGAAAGAGGAGAAGGUUCAGGCAAACAUGUCUCGAGAUGAAGAAACAGAGGAAAAUGUGUCACUCAUAGGAGAUGAUGGAGUGAUGGAGUGUGUCCCUCGUGGAGCUGAAGGUCAGAUGCCUGGCCUUGAGGGGCAGGGCACCCAGUCCAUUUCUACCCAGUCCCAGCUGCAGAGCCAGACAAGCAGGACGAAGCAUACCAGCAGCAGAGGAGUGGAGAAGGAUGAGGAGCCGGAUGUGGUGCUUGUCAAGGUGGAGGAGGUGGAGCCGGCAACAAGACCUCGGAACCAGGCGUGCCUCAGCAUACAGGAGGGAUUGGUGGAGUCCAGCACAGAUGACUACAGAGGAGUGCUGCAAUUUGAUGACACCACACAGAUGUCCACCAAUCAGCUGUCUGACCUGCAGGACUCUGGGCGGGGCUUCUCAGAGGUUGCAGCACCUCAGCUGACCCCUGCAGAAUCAGAAGAUACAACCAGCAUAGUGGCAGUUCAGCUGAGAGUACCAGACACCAACAUGCCAGCCAAUCCAACCACACAAGAUCAGCAGCAGCAGCAGCGAUGUGUUAACAACCCCAUGAGCUCUGACUACUCUCUCUUUGAACUUGAAACCUUCUUCACCCGCUGGGCCCCUGAUAAUGACCCUGUGUCAGCUCCACGUGGUGCUUCGUGCUCAUUUGCUUCUGAGUCAACAGAACGUGACCAGGAUGGAGUUAUUAUCAUAGACGCCCAGCCACAACCUUGGCAAGUGCUUGAGCCACCACAGACUUCAGUGUCCUCAGCAAUGAAGCUGAGUGGAGGGCAGAGUUUCUCCUCUGCAGGCCGGCCAUCUGCAUCACAGGGUCUGUCCUCAGGGAAUUCUGUGCCCACAUCGUUGAGAAUGCAGGAUCCAUCUUCCCAGCCUUCAUGGAAGAGAACAUCAGUCAUGAUAAGAAAUGCACAGGCUCAGGUGCUGCAGCAGCAGCAUCAGAAUGGCAACAGUCACUCUCAGCAGGAAUGUACAACUCCCCCUGUGCAAAUCACACUGUCCUCCACCACAGGUGCUGUCAAUAAUACUAAUGGGGGGGAUAAAACAAGUCUCUCUGGAAUCAGAUCAACAAGUAAGACCAUAAGCUCCACUGUGGCUUCACAGUCUUCUUUACCAGUAAGGAGAUCCAUAGCACCGUUGGCCAGCAUUGAGGUGGCCAUUGCAGCACAGCACCGAACCAGUCUCCUGACUCACCUUAAUAAAAGUCAUGCUGUAAGCACUUCGCCCGCUGAUCGCCGCAGGAAGAGUUAUGUAUGUGGAGCCUGCGGAAAAGCCUUCUCUGGCCUGUCCAAUCUGGAGGCCCACAAGAGAGUCCACACAGGUGAGAAGCCUUUUCGUUGUGACACCUGUGGAAAACACUUCUCAGAGGCUGGGAACCUGAAAAAGCACCAGAGGGUUCACACUGGGGAGAAGCCCUUCAGCUGUCACCACUGUGGGAAGAGGUUUGCUUGGAUCUGCAACCUGAGGACACACCAGCAGUCUGCCACAGGUUGCGGAGCACAGACCAAAGGAGGGCUGUGACAGGGCUGAACCAACACAGAACAGAUUGUGGAGGCUAGUAAUGCUCUCAGUAUUUGCUCUCACAUAUAGGCACAUGUCCCUCUCUUCAUUCUCAAGUCAAAGUGUAGGCCCUAUCUACAGUAUGACAAGGAUGACCCAGGUUAGCUCUUUUUUUGUGUUCAUGUGCACUUUUUGUAAGAGGCACUUGAAUUGUUCAGGCUUCUGUCCCCUGGGUCCAAGGAGAGACCAACCAACUGCUCCACAGACACAUACACAGCAUAGGAGAGAGAGCCAGGCCACCAGGACAAGACUCAGGGGUAAAUCUGCACUUAAAGAAGAGAGACUUUACUCAAGAUACUAAUGUUCACAUUUUGGACAGAGAAGAUGUGAUGUUUGAGAGAGAAGUAAAGGAGGCCAACAGAGAACACAGAGGGUGACCUAUGCCACCAACUGUCACAGACCUAUAAUGCAGUCUUGCGAUCGCUUCCCAGGCAUGUUUGAAUUGUUAAUUGCUUCUAAGGCUACAGUUGUGGUCAGAAGUGGGCGUGAAUAACAUGGAAAUUUCAGCUUUCAAUGAUUUCUUCCAGGGUGGAAUGAUUGUACAGCAUAAAAACAAGAACUGGGGUGCACAAUCCACGCAUGUCAAAGUAUACAUACAGGCUCAAAUAUAUACAUACACCUCCACUAAUAUUUAGUUAAAUAUCCUUUAGCAAGUUGCACUUCGACCAGAUGCUUU